AUGUAUUACCGCAAAUUUUAUCAUGAUAAUAUGGCUCAAUUGAACAUUAUUGAUGAAUUGGAGCAUACUUAUCGUCAGGAUAAGGCACUCAGGUGGUAUACACGUGGUCAUUUUAUCUAUGAAAUGCUCAAUCGAGCACUUCGAACAUUAGAUGCCAAUACAAUUAUUAAUAUGGGAUUUUUUAUUCAUGAUCUCCAUCAACAAAUUAAGGAACUACAUGAACAACAACUUUCAAACUAUCAGGAUAAGCCUUUUGUAGUUUACCGAGGACAAGGUUUGAAAAAAACUGAUUUCGACAAACUCAAAAACACAAACGGUGGUCUCAUGUCUUUUAACAACUUUUUAUCCACCAGCAAUGAUCGAGAUAUUUCCUUCAUGUUCGCCGAGAGUGCCUUAGAAAAUACAGAUAUGAUGGGAAUACUUUUUAUAAUUACUAUUGAUCCUCGUGUUUCAUCAACACCAUUUGCUUCUAUCAAAGAGGCUAGUUAUUUCAAAACAGAAGAAGAAAUACUCUUCUCCAUGCACGCCGUGUUUCGAAUAGGUGCAAUUAAACAAAUGGGCAAUAAUGAUCAACUUUUUCAGGUAGAACUUCAACUAACUGCUGAUGAUGACGAACAACUUCAGCGACUUACUGAAUGUAUAAGCGAAGAGAUUGGAGGUAAUACUGGAUGGGAACGAUUGGGUAACUUAUUACUUAAAACAGGUCAUUUCGAUGAAGCUGAAGAACUAUAUAAAGUACUAUUUAAGCAACCAUCAAGUGAGAAUAAUAAAGCAGUUUAUUACAAUCAGCUUGGAUAUGUAAAACAUCGUCAAGGUAAUUAUGAACAGGCUAUUGAUUAUUACACAAAAACAUGUGAAAUCUUUGAAAAAAAUCUUCCUGCAAAUCACCCUUCGUUCGCUAAUGCUUACAACAACGUUGGUAGUGUGUAUGAUAACAUGGGGGAGUACUCGAAAGCACUCUCAUUUUACGAAAAAACACGUCAACUAUUAGAAAAAACUCUUCCUGCAAAUUACCCUGACUUGGCUACUUCUUACAACAACAUUGGUAGCGUGUAUGAUAACCUGGGAGACUACGUGAAAGCACUUUCAUUUUACGAGAAGGCACUUGGAAUUCAAGAAAAAGCUCUUCCUGAAAAUCACCCUUCGUUGACUGCUUCCUACAACAACAUUGGUAGUGUAUAUGUUCAUAUGAAAGAAUACUUGAAAGCACUUCCAUUUCACGAAAAGGUACUUAGAAUUUCUGAAAAAACUCUUCCUGCAAAUCAUCCUGACUUGGCUGCUUCGUACAACAACAUUGGGACUGUGUAUUAUAACACGGAAGAGUACUCGAAAGCACUUUCAUUUUACGAAAAAACACUUGGAAUUCAAGAAAAAAAACUUCCUCGAAACCAUCCUCAUUUGGCUAUUUCCUACGACAACAUCGGUAGUGUAUAUGAUAACGUAGGAGAACACUCGAAAGCACUUCCGUUUUACGAAAAAACACUUGAAAUUCGAGAGAAAACUCUUCCUGCAAACGAUCCUUUGUUGGCUACUUCCUAUAACAACAUUGGUUUGGUGUAUUACAACAUGGGAGAGUACUCGAAAGCACUCUCAUUUUACAAAAAAACACGUAGAAUCUUAGAAACAACUCUUCCUGCAAAUGAUUCUUUGUUGGCUACUUUGUACAACAACAUUGGUAGUGUGUAUGAUAGCAUGGGAAAGUAA